AUGAAUACUCAUUACCAACACUUUGAAUGCCAGGAUUUCUUUUCACUGAUUUCACCAUUUUUCGGAAGCGCUACUGCUCCCAAAAAAGCAGGAACUAGUAAUAGCGAAGGCUUGAUACAGGAAUUUGUCAAGUUUGGCACCAAUAUCGGCCAAAGGUUAUUUCAAGUCCGAAAUGGUCAGUCAAAAUCGCAGACCAGAAAGACUCCACUCUUGACAAGUAGUCGUGGAAACCACGAUGACUUUAUUGCCAAUGAUCCCCGUGGAACUGCACGAGUAGCACCAUCUCCGUCAAAUUAUUUUCCGACAGACAACGCACCACAUAUAUUCCAAAUUCAACAAAAUCAGCUAUAUUUGGGUCAACAACAGCAAAGACAGCAACAGCAAACAUUACAGCUUCAUCAAAAUACACAACCACAACAACAAUCUGUAUCCAGGUUUCAAGUAGCACAGCCUAUAUCUAAUGAUGUAAUAAGAGGAUCAGCAGCGAACUUUGGACAAGAGGUUACUAGAUUAUUAGGCGAGAUAGCUCAAUAUUCGGAUGUUCAUCGCUACCAAAAUCAAGAUUAUGGAUCAGUGCAGAAACUGCUCAACAUCUUCUUUAGUUCCAUGUCAUCCAGUCAAUAUGACAAUAGUCGCACGCAAUGGUUACGGCCAAUGAACGAUGGAACGGAAAUAGGUCGUAACAGACCAAUCGCAAAAAAUUUAUUCGAAAGUGAUAUUGUUUUAACUGUGGAUCAAGUAAAAGGAAUUGUAAUGGCUGGAAAAGAACAACGAAUGAGUAAUUUUCGUCGAAGAAAUAGACGAAAAGUCAUUACAGGAAAAGUUUAUCGAUGGCCAAAGAAUAGCAAUAUACCAUAUGAAUUUGCUUCUUCUGAUGCACUGUACUUCUGGCAACGUGAAACAUGUGUUCGAUGGCAGGAAGAUGGUCCCGGGUAUGACCGAGUGAUUUUCUUUCGUGGAAGCGGGUGUUAUUCGAACGUUGGCAGAACUGGUGGCCGUCAAGAAAUAUCAAUUGGUUACGGCUGUGAAGACCUUGGUAUUGUUAGUCAUGAAAUUGGUCAUUCAUUAGGUUUUUGGCAUGAGCAAUCUCGACCAGAUCGAGAUCAGUAUAUUAAGCUGCAGAAUAAAUACAUUGCUCGUGGCACUGAGGGUAAUUUCGUCAAACGAUCACAUAUGGAAAUCGAGAAUAUGGGAGUACCAUUUGAUCUCGGUUCUGUAAUGCAUUAUGGACCAAAUGCAUUCUCUGUUGAUUGGAAUCACACAACUAUUGAGACGAUAGAUAAACGAUAUAGUCAUACGAUUGGUCAAAGAUACGGUCCAUCAUUUAUAGAUGUAAAACAGAUAAACAGACUUUAUUGCAAUCACAUAUGUGGGGCUUCGCCACUGCAGUGUGCAAAUGGUGGAUAUCUUGACCCGAACAACUGCCACUCUUGUAAAUGUCCAACUGGAUUAGGUGGUCCAACAUGUGUUGAUGUCCAGCCAAGUAACUGUGGCGCAGAACUCAUUGCAACAGGCAUCUGGCAGCAGUUGGAUUACAAAGGCUCUCAAAAAUGUUAUUGGAGGAUCAGAGCAAAUAACGCGAGAAUACGAAUUAAAAUUCAAUCGGCAGGUUUUCGGUGUGACAUUACAUGCCGAUCGUAUGUGGAAAUAAAACAUAAUUCAAUAUUUGAACAAACUGGAUUCCGGAUAUGUUGUGGGAAUGAUGAAGUUAAUGUGUUAUCAGAGCAAGCAGAAGCUUUAAUCAUUUUCGAUGCAACAGAACUCGGACAAGAUGGGUCAUUUAGCUUGAGUUAUGUUCAAGAUUCAAGCAAACCGAUAGUGAAACCGCCGCCACUGAAAUGGGUACCAGGAAGCGAAGAUCGUUUGUUCCGCGGUCUUCAGAUUAAUAAGAAUGGUGUGAUAGAGAAGUUUGUUUUGAAUGCAAUCCCGAAAAUUAGGGAUCCACAACGACCAAUCGCAUCGAUCGCAUCUAUUGUAACUGAUUUCGCCUUAGGGAAAAUUCUUGGAUAA